UCAUGGAAUGGCGUUCCUUUUCGAACAUAGAUAUUAGGGUUGAGGUGAAGUUCGUACCAAUGAUGACCGAUCUAUAACAUAACGCAGACGAGAAUGCAAAGAACUCAGCUCGAUUCAGUUGCUAGUAUUGGAUGAUCAGAUAUGUAGGGUCGUGUGCGUACCGCCAAAACAUGACAAGAUACCUUUCCGUGUGGAUACACGUGGAUUGUCGAGCAUCAGGAUAUAAGGAGCUCGUACUAAGGGCGUUUAUUGUCUUCGGGAAGAUGGACCACCCAAGCUACUAUUUUACUGCUCACUCGACAUUUGGUCCACUUAGAAACUUUCUCAAUCCACUCGACUCGCUUCCCCUAGGUAAUCAGGGAGUGAAGAUAGGCGCCUUCACUUCUGCCCACCCCAUUUCUCAUCUUCCCAGCUCGUACCCUGGUCGACAGCACUUCCGCACCCACGACAGAACUUUAUCCACACGUCCUCCCUCCGGAGUGUCCAUAUCGGGCGAAGCAAUUACUGUACUAGCACGACCAACAACCGGUUCCCACGGCCUCCGGGAGUUGCCGGAGGCUGCCAAUCAAUUCAGUUGUAUUAAUUUUCAAUUCAAUCCAAGACCCUCGCGUUACGCGUUACCGGUUGUUGGUCAUGCUAGUACAGUAUCCUGAUACUGUGUACCACCCAGUGCGCCAUGCGGCAGUGUGUCCUUGUGGAUCUCCUGGUGUAGGAACACAAGUCAUGACAUGCAGCAUCCCAUACUCACCCUUACACCGGACAUGCGCAUACACACGACUUAUUGCUUUCAUGCCUAUUGUCGAUAAGUUUUGGUCUCAUCUGUAGUCCCUUGCUAGAACACGAGUGCAGCCGCCGAGCGCUAUAUCCAUAUCGGGUUAGUCAUAACAACAUUCUUAAU